UCCGUGCUCGGGCCUCCCCUGCUGGGCUCUCUGGCUGCGAGAAGUCGGGGCGGGGGCGGACUGGUGCAGCAGGGCACACGCUGCGGAACAACCCCAAGGGGAAUGUAAAAACACCCCAAAAAGGCCCGGAAUCACCACCUUAGAAGGCGAUUUUCACACAUUCCCCGUGGUUUCUCAUGGAAGCGGAUGGAUUCGUGAGGAAGCGGCGGAUGACAGCGGAGAGCGCGGGCGGCGAUGCCGGGGUUGCUGGAGCCUCUGCCGGGGAAGAAGUGCGAUGGCUGGGGGCCAGGUUCUGGGGAGUUUCGGAAAGUAUCGUGGGGAGCCUGAACCCCCGGAUCGGUGGGGAAGCAGAACUACAGACUGUGGACUUUAUGUGCUGUGCUGGGGAGCAGACGGAGGAGUUUGAGGCGGACUACGAGGGUCUGCCGCAGGGAGCCUCCACCAGCACCCACAUGCUGGCCGGAGCCGUGGCCGGCAUCAUGGAGCACUGCCUCAUGUUCCCCAUCGACUGCGUCAAGACACGAAUGCAAAGUCUCCAGCCUGACCCCGCAGCCCGCUACAGGAAUGUGAUGGAUGCUCUUCGCCGAAUCAUAGCCACGGAGGGAGUGUGGCGACCACUGAGAGGCCUGAACGCAACCGCCAUCGGAGCUGGACCUGCUCAUGCCCUCUAUUUUGCCAGCUAUGAGAAACUCAAAAAGACUCUAAGUGAUGUCAUUCACCCAGGGGCUAACAGUCAUUUGGCUAAUGGAGCUGCUGGGUGCGUGGCCACAUUGCUUCACGAUGCAGCCAUGAAUCCAGCCGAAGUUGUGAAGCAGCGCAUGCAGAUGUAUAACUCGCCCUACGGUGGCGUGUUGGACUGUGUACGUGCCAUUUGGCAGAAAGAAGGCUCCGCAGCCUUCUACCGCAGCUACACCACCCAGCUCACCAUGAACGUGCCCUUCCAGGCGAUCCACUUCAUGACCUACGAGUACCUCCAGGAGCUGCUGAACCCUCACAGACAAUACAACCCCUCAUCCCACAUGUUUUCCGGCGCUUUGGCCGGGGCGAUCGCAGCGGCGGCCACCACACCGCUGGAUGUCUGCAAGACCCUGCUCAACACCCAGGAGUCUCUGGCCCUCAGCCCUUCCGGCCAAAGCCAAGGAGCCCACAGACAGAUCUCAGGCUUGGCCCACGCCUUCCGGACGGUUUACAGGCUGGGCGGCCUGCAGGGCUUCUUCAAGGGAGUGCAGGCGAGGAUCAUCUAUCAAAUGCCCUCGACAGCCAUCAGCUGGUCGGUCUAUGAGUUCUUCAAGUAUGGACUCACAAAGCGGCAGCACAGCAAGAGGAGAGCGCAGCGUAUGGGCGUUGAGUUGUAGAUGCCUCACUCGUUUAAUCUCCUCUAAUACUGCUCUGCCUUUGCUGUCAGAAGGAAUUAAUAUGCACAUAGAAUCUGAAUAAAAUGCGCCCUAGUGGUCCCAUCCCUGUCAGACAUAGCAGAUAAGAAAGACAUCUUCAAUGCCAGUUUGAGUCUCUCAGAUGCAGCGUUUCAGGAGUGGCUUUGGUCCGAGUCGUGUGUGUUCUCUCGUGUCGGAGAAAACGCUUCCACAGUGCUAUAGAGCUGUCUUAUUAAGUCAUUGUUUUUAAUCAAUCUUUCAGGCUAUGACUGUAAUUGUUGAAGCUGAAAAUAGGUGAAGAAACUAAGAGCUGGUCAGCAGGGGGCGAUCACGUUAUUCUGUCAGCUCUUGAAGCUUUCGAAUCUUCUUUCACUCUUUCAUUUUCACCCUUUCAGACUUUGCCAAUAAAAAUCACAACUGUCCCCAACGUAAAAAAAAAUAACAAAACAUUCCCAAUUUUUUCUGCAGCUGAAAAGUGUUUCAGUCAUUGGCAGUUCAAAGAAAUUGUGCUUUAAGAAAAUUGCAUCUAAUUUAUUAUUUCCUGAUGUAUCCAGAUAAAUUUAGUUAAACGUAUAUAUCAGUUAAUUGAUGUGUGUAAUUAAAAUGUUGUCCAACAUGAUUUGAUUAACUCACCAACCAAAAGUUUUGACUGAUAAAGAUAUUUAAUUUCCCCCCCUUUUAAAGGCUAUCUACUAUAACCAUGCUGCAAAUUGCCAAGUUGGUUGUACAAUUUUAAUUUAUUUUUUUAUGAUUUUUGCCAUGAAUGUAUUAAUCCCCCCCGCCCCCCUCUCUAUGCCUGUGAUUGCUUACAUUGUGUCUCUUAGAGAGGGCAAACAAAGGCAGCAUUCAGAUCACUUGUAACUGUGAGACAAUUUUCAGCUUGUGAACCGCUGAGUUUCAAUGUUUGUGCUCAACAGCAGAAUUCCUACAAUCUGACUGGAAGAGUUGAAAUACGAGUGGCUUGAUAUCUGCAUCUGUAACAACAUUUAGUGCACCCAGCUUGAAGCUGUCAUUCUUACUGACUGAUGUCUGAUUGUUUCUGGCUCUGAAUUGCACUUGUUGAAUAAAGACUCGUCAGCAGGGCUCUACACGCUGCUCAUUAAACGUGAGAGCUCUCAAUUCA